AAUAUAUUUGGCAAGAUGAUUGAAGACAAUGUCAUGUAAAAUGUCAACUGAACAAGCAACGGACGUGGCAACCACCUUGAAUUCGUAAUCCAGCAACUAGGUGUGAAGUCACGUAUGCCUGAAUGUUAAAUAAAGAGGGAUAUUGGUGUUUAAUUUGUUUGAAACACUCGUCAUGGUAGCUAUGGGCACCAUGAACAUGCAUGAUGAGAAAGCCAAAGAGCUCUUGAAGUACUCAAGCCCAAAAGAGAUCUUCCACCUCUUCACCCUCACCCUCCUCACCCUUCUCUUACCCCUCUCCUUUCUGCUCCUAGCAAAAUUCUCCUAUCUCCAAACCCUCACUUGGCACCACUUUCCCUUUCUUCUAACACUCGCACUUCACAUCAACCAACUCAUUCUUUAUGUUCUUGUUUCCAUCGUUAGCAUGGCUACCCUCAUCCACGCCUUCACGGGGAAAAUAAUCAUUCUGAGUAGUGAAAGUGACUCAUCAUCCAACGCUCUUUUUCAACCUCGUCUCUUGUUAGCGUGGAUUCUCCUUUGCGCGUUCCAAGUUUGCGUUGGGUUGGGCAUCGAGGGAACCAUUGAAGCGGGGCUAUAUGGAUCGAGUUUUGGCGCGGAGAUGGGCUUCAUGAGCAGAGUGGUUUUCCUGUUGGGCCUGCACGAGACCGCGCAGGUUUGGGCCAGAAUGGUGGUGAGGCCCGUGGUGGAUGACACCGUGUUUGGGCUUGCGAGAAAAGAGAGAUGGGUGGAGAGGGUGGCCGCGGCUGCGAGCUUAGGCGCCUUGUGGUGGUGGAGGUUGAGGGAGGACGUGGAGAGUUUGGUCGAUGUGAGAGUAAGUGACUUUGUUGGCUGCUGCCUCUAUUAUCUUACUCUCACAAUUGGGAUGCUAAGGCUCGUAAAGGCUCUUCUGUGGAUUGCCACUAUUUGUUUGUGCAGAAUAAGGGCGACAAUUUCCACCGUGGAACAUUCUCAGAAUGAUCAUAACGUGUAAAUUUAACCAGUGCUGUAAUUGUAUUUUUAUUUUUAUUUAGAGCUAUUCAAAUAUUGCAUUUAUUACUUCUCAAAAUUGUAAUCAACUUGGACUCCAUUUUGUAUUGACACCAGUCACACCACAUGUAUUCCGCGUUAUGAUAAUUUACUUGGACGGGUAUAACUUAAUUAUCCAAG